ACAGAUUCUUAGUUUUUCCUCCCUCGGGAUUUCUACGCUUCCUGGUCUAGGAGCCUAAUUUAUCUGUACUGCCACAGCAAACAUCGAGCCAUCGUCGCGUGAGGAGGCUUUUCCGCCAGAAUGCCCGCAUCGGAGCUAUUUGUUAGCCGCGGCUGCGUCGGGACAUCUCCGGCCGCUCCAUCCUCUCACGUUCGAUCGAGCACCACUCAUCCCGCCACUGUUUCUGCGCUCGCCUCUGAUCCCCUCUCCCGCUCGCUUUCCGCCAGCCAACCAAACCGGUCCCUCCGAGCCGUUAGACCAGCUAACCGAUCUCUCAGGCGAUUAAGAUUAACUACACCGGUCUGUGCUAGACAUCAGGAGUCUCAGGUUGCCGCUGCAGCGGCUCACGUAGCAGGAGAAACGGCCGCAGUGACGGCGGGGAAUGCGGUGAGGGAGAGUGGAGGGUUAGAGGAGCGGGGAAUAACGGUCGUAGACGUAGAUCUAGGGGAUCGGAGCUACCCGAUCUACAUCGGUGCGGGAAUUCUGGACCGCGGAGAUUUGCUAUGCAGACACGUCAAGGGCCGGCGAGUGUUGGUGGUGACCAAUGAAACCGUCGCGCCGCUGUAUCUGGAGCGGACCAUUUCGGCGCUGACACAUGGCAACCCACAGCUGGAGGUUCGCAGCGUCGUGCUGCCGGACGGCGAGCAGUUUAAAGACCUGGAAACCCUCAAUCUGAUCUUCGACAGAGCGCUCGAGACCCGCAUGGACCGGCGCUGCACGUUCGUGGCUCUGGGGGGAGGCGUGAUCGGCGACAUGACGGGCUUCGCCGCUGCGUCUUACCUACGAGGUGUCAACUUCAUUCAGAUUCCCACCACGGUCAUGUCUCAGGUGGACUCGUCGGUGGGCGGCAAGACAGGUGUCAACCACCGGUUGGGCAAGAACAUGAUCGGCGCGUUCUACCAGCCGCAGUGCGUGCUGAUCGACACCGACACGCUCGCGUCUCUCCCCGACCGGGAGCUUGCGUCAGGCCUGGCGGAGGUCAUCAAGUACGGGCUGAUUCGCGACGCGGCGUUCUUCGAGUGGCAGGAAGAGAACAUGGACCGGCUACUCGCCAGGGAGACGGCUGCACUAGCAUACGCGAUAAAGCGGUCGUGUGAGAACAAGGCGGAGGUGGUGGCGGCUGACGAGAAGGAGGGCGGACUCAGAGCCACGCUCAACCUCGGCCACACAUUUGGCCAUGCCAUAGAGAACGGACUGGGGUACGGUGAGUGGCUGCACGGGGAGGCAGUGGCAGCGGGCACGGUGAUGGCAGCACACAUGUCGCACCGCAUGGGGUGGAUCGACGCCGCUCUCCGGGACAGAAUCACCGCCAUCAUUCAGAAGGCCCGCCUCCCCACGCGGCCUCCAUCCGCUGUCACCAAGGAGCAGUUCAGAAGCCUCAUGGCGGUGGACAAGAAGGUAGCGGACGGCCAGCUGCGUCUUAUUCUGCUCAAGGGCCCACUGGGCGACUGUGUUUUCACUGGGGACUUUGACAAGGCAGCGCUUGAAGCCACUCUGGACGAGUUCUGCGAAAUUUGAAGCCUGCGUAGCAGCGGAGUGACAAGGGUAUAAAAUCUAAUCAAAUCCAGCUGCAUAAUCUUGCCCGUACUCUGCUCAAGGGCUCACUUGGAGACUGUCUUCACUGUGGGCUUUGACUAAGCAGCAGUACUAGUACUGGUCUGGCUUGCCACUGUGUCUGCCUAAUCUGCUGAAGUGAAGGGUGAGGGGAUGCCACUGUCUGAAGGCCCAAAACAAGAAGACAGUUAUAAGUUGGUGGUGGGUUGGAUUGGAUCAGCCUUUUCAACGAGCUGAAUGCGACGACUAGAAUUCACGUGCAUACCAGCUCCCUGCUGGCAACUGGUGCUUAUCAUUGCUGCAAUGUUUACUAGCUGCCAGAUGAAGGGAAUGCUUCGGAUUUGUCAUACCACGUUGGCACUGGCAUUAAAGCCCACUGUAGCAGACAACUAAAAGAAAAGUGAAUUCCAGCU